AUGCCUUCUCCUCGAAUCAAGAACGCGGGGCAACGCAAGUCAAGAAACAUUAUACAUAAGGAACCCCAGUACCCGAGAGCAGAGGGGAAGAAAGAGGAGGGAAGCACGAUCACCGGUGAGAAGGCGUGGCCGAAGGGGACGGACGCCGAACUGCCGAAGGGAGCCUGCGUGGCCAUCGCCAGCGCGUCCGAGUUGCAGGGCAUGGGCCGUGUUACCAUGCAAAGGCUCAGUCGAACGAUGGUGGCCCAUGGGCCGGUAUUCUUUCCAGGCCGGAGUUGCUCUGUCACAUGCUUUAAAAAGCACAAAGAGGAGUCUUGCCAAAAGACAGCGCCUCAGGAAGAAAUUAGCAAGUCACCACUGCAGGCGGAAGUUACACUGAACACCACAUGCACCGCAAAAUCUCCAAAUACAGCAUGCCCUACAAAAGCUCUUGAAGUUGAGAACCCAAGCUGGCUUGUUGACAACAAUAGACUAAGGUCAUUAGCGGAACUGAAAGGGAUCCAAGAUGCUCUCAGGGAUCCUGAACUGCAGAAAAUGAUACUUAAAAUUGAUGGGUCUUUGGAACCAGAAAAAGAAUUGGAGAAAUUGAUGGAAGGUCAAGCUUUUCACCAGUUAGCUGAUAAGAUUCUUGACAUUGUCAGCCCACAAGAAUAA